CCCAGGGUGCGGCUCCGCGGCUUCUCUGCCGCUUUAGCCGCCGGACUGCCCGGGGGGCUGGCCCCUACUCGCUGACAAUUUUUUUUCUUUCCUUCCUCUUUUCUCCUUUUUUUUUUGCCUUUCGGGCCUGUCCCCCUUGUCACGGACGCAGACCCUUAGAUAAUACCGUGACAGACUGUAUGACCUUUAAGGGCUCCUUCCGACUCAAAAGAUUCUGUGAUUCUAUGAUUCUGUAUAUAAAUAGCUUGAGUGUCUAUAGAGGCUUUCUCUGCAAUCUCCAGGCUUUAAGUAACAAUAACUGUAUGGAUUAAGUCUUCUUCAGCCACCUAAAGCUCAACAGCAAAUGUUGAUCCCUUUAAUGUUUCAAAGGAAAAUGUUCAGCGAUUCAUAGAAAAUUUAUGAUUAAAAAUGAUAUGAAAAAACACCUGUCAUUAUGAACCAUAAUGAACAUGUGUGAUUUAUUGAAAAGACACUGUGCAUUCUUUUCCCAGAAAAAGGGGAAAAUGUUCCCUUUGGUUCAAAAAAAAAAGUAUAAAUCAAGCAAAGAUUGACGUACUACUGAGAAUGGGAAGAGGCUGGAAAAGGGAACGCUGAGGAACAGCAAGCAGCAGCAGCAUGGUCAUCUUUGCCUUGCUGUAGUCGUGAGGGCCAACAAGCCCAACGUGGGUUUUUGAAAGUGGGAGUGCAGCACAAGUCCUGGGAUUCAUUCCUUCCUGGUGAGGGGCCAGAGGCUUUGUAUGGACCUACACAGCACCAGGGCUCGGCACUGGGGCGGGCUGGCCAUGGCCCACAGUCCCUGCAUCACAAAUGUUGCCAUAGCCCCCAGCUGGUGACAUGGCAACCCGCAUCACAAAGGAGGCAACCACAAAUUUGGGGCAGGGCAAGGCUGGGUGCCACUUUGCCUGUGAGCUGACUGGAGAGAGGAGCUUGACUGCUUGGCUCUCUCUGCGCAUCACAAGCAUGGCUGCUUUCUGGGGAAUGAGCUUCUUUCUCAGCCUGAAGAAUUACAGUAUCUUCUACCGUAUCCUCUGGAAUGUGCUGAUCAUAUCAUUAGUUGAAUUCAUUAUGGAUUUGUGGAAUCGGAGGGGUGGGAGACCAAGGAGGUACCGCUGCAGAGGCAACGUGGAGAAUCACAGAGUUGUGGACCUCCACAAUGCUUCACAGUGCUCAAGGACACACUGCUUCCCGAUCCUGGAGAGGGAAGAUGCGCGUGAAGCACGCUGUCAGCUUGACAGGAGCCUUGAGGAAUUUCACAGACGCUUGGAAAUGUCAAUCAUUGAGAUGUCAGAGGACUCUCUCAGAUCCAACCAGGCAGUGGAAACCCACUCAUCACCUGAGACGUCUCUGUCCUCUUGGAGUGACAACUCCCUCACUCCGAUUGAGGAAAUGGGAGCUGGGUGCUCUUCAAGGGCCUCUCUGUCCUCCUUGAGCAACAACUCCCUUGCUGCUGUUGUGGCAACAGAAGCCGACUGUACUUUGAGUGCCCCUCUGCCCCCUCCCAGGGAAGGCUCCUGCACUUACGUCAAGGCAGAUGAAGGCAGCUGCAUUUCACAGCUGUCACUCAUCACUCCUCUGCAUGGAGCAGACUUGGGUCAUGCUGCCGUGGCCCAGCCUGACCUCAUGCUUUCAGAUGCUCUUGAGCCCCAAAAAGUCCAGGAGACCUUGGCCCACGUCGAACCACAAAGGAAACCAGAGGAGGAAGUGGGCCUGCCAGCCUGUGGAGAAGGGACUUUGCAGGAAAUCUCGUCUCCUCAGAAGCCUCAGCAACCAUCAGAGCUCGAUGUGGAGGUGGUGCCCAGGGUGCCGAAGCCGCUGUUCCUGGAUGAGGCUGUGAAAAGGCAGCUGGAGCGGCACAUGGUAAAAAUGCAGAUACAGCGGUGCUUUGGGCUACCAGAGAAGGUUCUGGCUUCUUACAAGAAGUUCUCAGAGCCUGUCUGGGAGCUACAAGACUGCCAGCCUCCUCCACAGAGGCACACUGUGCUGCCCUACCGCUCGCCCUUCCAGCGCUGGGACAGCCGUGCUCGCAUCAGGAAGACGGCAGUGCAGCCCCCUGGCCCGCAGCAAGAGUCCACAGCCCCUGUGGAAACAUGCACACAAGGAACACAGACGCCUGUCCACUCUGUGCCAGCAGCUUUUGUGAGAGUGGCAAAAGAGGUGCCUUGUGAAGAUUUGGAUAAACUCCCUCUGAAAAGGAAGUAUGGGGGAACAGUCAGGAGCAGCAACCCAGCCAGAAAGAAGACCCUGCCUGGCAGCCGCACAAAGGAGCAGGGCCCUGGGACAAAAGGGGGUGAUCCUGGUUCCUCCUUUUACAUUCAGGAAGAGCAGACAGUGCCACAGAGAGAGGGAGCUCCUCAGCAGAAGGCAGGACAGGAUGAUGAGACCACCACCCUGACCACCGGGGUCAACACGGGGGUACCAGAGCCAUCACAAUGUAGGACAGCUCCUUCAGGAAAUAAUUCCCUGCAGAUAGAAGACUCUUCCACUAAGGACACUCCCAUAGAUCUGCCACCACCUCCAAGACCUGCAGGGAACAGCCUUCAGAUGCCCAGCCUGGAAGAGAUGCUCAGAGCACUCACAGACCUGGUCAGGGUCAGCACAAUGGCUGAACACCUGCAGAACCAGCUGCUGGCUUCGUGGCUAGAGGAGUCCCAGGACAAUGCGGGGCACCCAAGGUUGGCUGCAGAGCACCCCAUUGCUGCACCAUGCAGAGCACAGAAAGCAGCACAGAAGGGCGAGGGACUCAGGCAGCACCAAAUCAGCUCCAGGAGGCUCUACCCCAAGUGCAGCAAAGCCCCAUGCCACAGUGUGCCUUGCAGUGAAGGCAUGUGCACUUCAGCUCCAGCUGUGGCCGGAGUACCAGGCACAGUAGGAGGAGAGGUGACAGUGGGAGAGAAGAAUCUAGCUGGGGAAGGGCCCAGAAGGGAGCAAGGCCAGAAACAGACUGCUGCUGCUGCCCAGCAGCCAGAGGGGGUCCGUGUAUACCAAUAUGUGGUAGCAAUCCCUGCAGUCAAGCAGAGGACAAAUCUGUCCCAGCAGACACCUACCAGGACCCUGCCAUCACAAACAGAGCACCUGCCCAAAUGUGCAUCAGCCACGCCCAGGAGCCCAGCACCAGAGACAUCACCUCAGCCAAGCUGCUGCUGUGGUUGUCUCAUCCCCAUCCUCCUUUGCCUGCAGAAAGCAUGGGCCAAGCUCCUAGGUGCAGGCAAAGCCCUGUAUUCCAAAAUCUGGUAGAAAUGAGGUGAGGAGCUCCAAGGAAGAGGACCAACCAUGCACAGCAGAGUCUCGCCUUGGGAUAAGGAGAUUGCUCAUGAUUCCUGGGGAAAGGCUGCAACCACCUCAGGAGGCAAUGAUGAAGGGCUUAGUGGUAUUUGGGGCUGCAACUUUUUCAGCAGG